UCUGAUUUUAUUUAAAAUAUUGAUCAAAUACAUAUUAUCAAAAAGUUUAUAUAUAAGUAUACUAAUAUAUCUGAAUUAAUCGGAUUUUUUUGGUUCAUUCGAUUUGAUCGCUUAAUAUGCUGAACCAUAUCUAUAUACUGCAAUUUUUUUUAAAUAACAUCCAUUCAAUUUAUUCGAUACUACCAAAUCCAGAUGAUUUUCUCUAUUUCAAUUUGGUUUGGUUUUAAAUGGUUCAAUUUUACCGGAUUGAACACUUCUACACUAUCAUUAUUUUGUUGAUGUUUUAUAGUUGUGAAUUUAUAAAAUCCUUUCAGUGCCAGUGAUUUCCUUUCAGUCCAAAUAUAAUAUAUAUGUGUUUAAUUUCAAAUACAAAUUUUGUAAUUUAGUUAUUACUAUAGAAAAUAUUUUGAUCCGAAAUCUACAUCACAUAAAUAAAACUAUGAAACAAAAGAACAUAAUUUAAUGCAUUGAUUAUCAAAAUUAGUAUUGAAGUUUUAUGAUCUAUAAUAAUAUAAAAUUUCUAUCAAAAUUAAUUAUUAUUUUUCGUAAAAAUAAACAUUAGAACUAAAAAUGUAUUUGGUAUAUAUAUUAAUCUGCACAAGUUGUGGGACAUCAACUAGUUAAACAAGUAUACUAAUCUUACUUUUGAGAAAAAUCAACUUAAAGAUUUUCAGAUUUGUAGAUAAUUUUUGUUAUUUUAGAAAAAUAAAACAAAAAAAAUUAAUAAUAAAUUUUUUAAAAUAUUAAUAAUGACAUUAGAUAAUUAAUUUAAUUUAUUGAUAAUUAUCAAUGUUAGCGUAAUAUUAACCCAUAAAAACUGAUUUAUUAAACAAUAUUACAAAAAAAUUAAUUGUAUGUACAUGAUACUUGACAAACAUUAUAAUCAACCACUCAUAUUAAGACACAUGUGACUUCAAACAUUCAAAAUAAAAACAUAGAAAAAGGAAAAUUAUUUAAAAUCACCUUCUCUCCGAUGUCGGUCUCGUUAAUCAUAAACACUUCUUCUCAACGAGAAUUUCUGAUUUUGUAAACCCUAAUUCUCUCCGCCGAUUCAAUCUCGCCACAUUUGUCCCGUGAAGAAUGGUGGAGAAUUCAGUAAAACCAUCCUCAAAAGAAGACACAUUGGCAUCUUCUAGACCAAUGGCGGCUAGAAACCUAAGAGGUGUUGGUGAUCUUGCAGAUGACUUAUCUCGUUUUAAUGAUGCUGAGUCUCUGUAAAGUAAACACAACAAUUGGUUCCUGGAAUGUGGCAAACCACGCCUAUUUUUACACAUGUUGCUAGUUAUCUAAAUACUACAAAAGAAUCACUCCUGAUGAAGAUAGCAUGGGAGCUGAUGAACCCUGAGUACAAAAAUGGAACGCAGAGGAAACCUACUACUACAGUGAAAAAGAAAGAUCCUAUUAGUAAGACUACUGCUGCUCCUAGUAAGAAAACUUCUGCAACCACAACCCAAAGCAAUGCAGAAAGUGAAAAGAAAAAGAGACUGAGUCCAUAUAUCAAUUUGGAUGUCUUGGAUAAGCUAUUUGAAGAUGAUGAGAACUCUCCAAAGAGGACUAAGUUGGAGGAACCAGUCGUUGUUGGUGACAAAAUGGAAAAUUUUCAGGAAAGCAGUGAAGAAUGCCUUUUGGAACCUGAGGGUUCUGAAGAAGAUGAACCAGUUUUGAACGAGAAUUACAGUAAUGAAGAUGCUAAUGGAGGAUAUGGAGAUGCUGAUCUUGAAUAUGAAGAUCAAGAUGAAGAUAAUGAAGAUAUAAUUUGGUGAUCUCAUCAUACAUUGUGAAGUUAUCUCAACAUGGCUUAUUCAACAACAUGAAUGUUUUUUUUUUGUCAAAAUCUCUACAUGUCUUAUUCAGAUUUAUUAUUUUCCUAUCUAAUAAAUGAAAGCCUUCACAUUGA